AACCGAAGUAGUGACAUCGUCAUCAUCAGAAAAAAGGAUAUUGUCCCUCUCCCGUUUGUAUUACCAGGUUCUAUCUCCGAUUUCUUGGCCAUCGAGUUUACACAAUCACUAGACCGGAACCUGAGUGUUGAUGUCGCCAUCAGUAAAAAGGUUCUAUCGAGAUGGACACGUCUUCCUCGCAACAACCGCACCUAUCCGGACAUAUGCACUUUCCUCCGGCUUUUUCGCAUAGGGAAUUGUCCCGAUAUUCCGGCACAACUGAAUCUCAAUUGCAUAGGCCCUAUAGCUGCAGGGACGUAUACACUGCCUGCAUGCUCGGGGAUCGUCAGGAAAAGUAUUUUGAGUUUGUGCAGCCUGUUGUCACUCGGCAAUUAUCAAAUAACUGGACGCUUCAGAGAUCCGAUCACAAAAAAAGAAGUUGGAUGUUUUGAAUUCCGAGGCACAACUGUAAAUGCGCCAUCAUUGCAAACUCCCAGUUUGGGACGUCUGUUGUCCGGUUAG